AUGACACGGAAAUUUCAAGGAAGGAAUUGGGGACUAAAUCCCCACAUUCAAAAAGUGCUUUAUAGCACGGUGGUGGAAAAGAUUGCGCUGUACGCAGCUGCAAUCUGGGCUCAACCGAUGACAACGAGGAAAAUCAAGCAGUUAACAUCACUCCAACGCCCUUUUGUCAUAAGCAUCUGCAGGGCAUACUGCACAACAGCCACGAGCUCCGCCCUUACACUAGCAGGUAUAGUCCCUCUACACAUCCAGGCCGAGCUAGAGGCGACAUAUACGAGAGUCCUUCACUUGAGGAAAGACGCCUCCUUCGCAGGUACUCUCUACAGUCCAGCACUUUAUGAGCACCCCAAGACACCGCUGCACACACAUCCAGCGCAUAAAGGACUAGGGGUCCACACCCACAUCAUGCAACAGCCCAACAAAGAAAUACAGCACAUCAGCAACCAUACACUUUACACUGAUGGUUCUAAACAUGCUGAAGGCGUUGGCAGUGCUUUCCUGCACUGUUGGCAAAGCCAAGAAUUACAUCAUUGGAAAGGCCACCUAGGUGACAGCAAUAGCGUCUUUCAGGCAGAAGCCGAAGUGAUAGCAAUUACAGCUGCUGUUGAAUAUCUAAUAAGCCGAAAAAUCUCAAAAGCUAUACGGAUAAUAUCUCUAUACGGAUAG